AUGAAGUUUUCAACAUGUUUUACAACAGCUUUAUUUUUAUCAGGUAUUAUCGCCUCACCAAUCUCAACUCCAGAUUCUGUUGAAAAUGGUACAUCUACUGUUCAUCAAGCUUCCAAAUUUCCUUACCUUUGCUUUGACCAGAAUAAGAGUUCUUUCUGUAAAGAUGGAAGUUAUAGAAAAUGUACUGAAUAUUAUAGGGACCAUACUGAUGCUGAUAGUAUCUAUGGUGGUAAAUAUUGUGGGUUUUGGUGUAAUGAAAUCAAAAAUGUUAAUGAUUGUAAAAGUAUAAAGAAAUUAUAUGAUUUCCAUCCAAAUUUUGCUUGUGAUGAUGCACAAUACUGUUAA